UCGUUGAAGUGAUUGACAGAUUGAUAAAGUUAUUUAAUUUGUACGUUUCUUUUUCUUUUUCUUUUCUUGUUGAUAAUGGGAUCAGUAUUUACAUUAUCUUAUAUUUUGUAUGGAUUAGGAUAGGUAGGAUUAAAUGAAUGUGGUGAAAGAGGCUUGGAAGAAAGUCUGCUGCUUGUUCCAUCGAAUAGAGAGGGGAGGCCCUCCGUUUCAAAAAGACUGCUUACAUCACUUUCUGUUUUCUACUUUCACACCGAAUUUCUCGUACGUAUUUCACCUUCGAUCUUCAUCUGGAUGCUGAUUUGCAGCCGUUAAACUGGUGCAAAUUUAAGACACCCCGUUUCUUCGGAGGCUGUGAAGCUCAAUCUGUAAAGGCAAGAAUUGGAAUAGUAAGUAAUAUCGUCAAAAGAAAAAUGGAAGACGCUACAUCCAUGCCUGAGAAUGGAGGACAACAGGCAAAUGUGAGAAUUGAAAGGAAUUCUUCUGGAAAAGCUAUCCAUCAACAAAUAUCCUCUUCUCCAACAGUGGAUUCCCCCGGUCAUCUCUUGAUUAGUAUUGAGAAGUCGGACGCAACUAAUGGGAUCCAUCAAGGAGCCGCUCCUAAUACCCCAAGUACGUCAAAUUCACAGAUUACUCCAGCAAGCAAUAAUUCAGCUGGGACAUCAAACGGACAGUCCUCAAGGCCAAAUGAAGAUCCUCAAAGUUCGUCCCUCAGCUCUACUCCUAAAACAUCGUCUUCUGAUGAUAAUGCAGUCCAUCAAGGAGCCACUCCUAAUAUCCCAAGUGAAGAUCCUAAAAGUAAGUGUCUCUGAUGCAGCGUAGGAUUGUGGUGAACAAGAAAAACAGCAAGUAGAAGGGAUAAAUAUUUCUAAGAUUGUGAGACUAUCACAAGAAUCAAAGAAAUCUUCUUAAAAACUAUAGAUUCUAUCUAUGGUUUAAGGAAAAACACAAAGAAACUCAACUCUGAGUAAUUCUUAUUAAACAAACUCAAUAAUAAUCAUAAACUAAAUUGUUAAAGGCUAUA